ACCCUAACAAGCAGAUGUACGAAAUAAGAGAGAUAAUCGGAGCGAGUUUUCAAAAUUCUGUUUGCUCGAUUAAUUACUUCGCUGCGGGAUUAAUGGAGAUGGAAGAGGGUGGAGGAAGGGCGAGGGCGUUGAUAGAAAAGGCCACCAAUUCCACGGCGGCGCUCGUCGACCCCCGCCUUCUCAAAGCCAUCAAAACGGUUGUCCGAUACUCUGACUCGGAGCUCCGACUCGCUGCCCAAACCCUAUUGGAUCUCAUGAAACGCGACCACUCUCAGGUUAGGUAUUUGACGCUUCUAAUAAUUGAUGAGCUAUUUAUGCGAUCAAAGCUAUUUAGAACUCUGGUUGUUGAGAAUUUAGAUCAGUUGUUAAGUUUGAGCGUGGGAUUUAGAAGAAACCAUCCCCUUCCUGCUCCACCGGCUGUUGCGUCUAUUUUGCGUUCGAAAGCGAUUGAAUUCUUGGAGAAAUGGAAUUCUUCGUUUGGAAUUCAUUACAGACAGAUCAGGUUAGGUUUUGAUUACCUUAAAACCACGCUCCGGUUUCAGUUCCCGAAUGUUCAGGCUAAUGCAGCUCGAGUUCAGCAGGAGAGGAGGGAAAGGGAGAUGAAGACGCAAGAGAUUUUAGUUAAGAAGUUUGAGGUUUUGAAGGAGAAUUUAGUGCCGUUGAAGGAGGAAAUUCGGGAAACGGUUGAUGAGAUUGGGGAGUGUUUAGAGAUAGUGAAGAAUAAAGGGGCCAAUGUUGUGCUUGGUGCUCUAGAUGACGAGGAGGAUUUUGAAGAGUUUCGUCCUUUGGAGUUGCGUCAGCUGCGGCUUGAUUCGUUGAAAGAGGGGGAGAAGGUUUGUGAGAACAGUGAGAAUAAAGUGGUUUUUGAUGCAUUGAGGGAGCUGUACAAGCUUUUAGUGACCAAGCACUUGGUUUCAGUCCAAGAAGGAAUCUCUGUUCUAAUCAGGGUUGAAGUGGCAGAUACGAGAUUAAGAGAUUCUAUGCUCAAGGAGUUCAUUGACAUCCGAAAUCACCUUCAAUCUGUGAAAAAGAAAUGUGUUGAAUCAGGUUGUGUUCUUCCGGACAUUACAAAGCAUGAAAAAGAGGAGGAAGAAGAUUUUUGGGAGGAGGGUAAAGUUGAAUCAACUGACCCUGGGAGAUUUAGUGAACCCAAUAAACGAAAUGAAAAUUCUGCUGCACCAUCAACUUCUGGAGAGGUGAAAAAUGACCCUUCUGAAUGCAGUACCAAGAAGCUGAAACGCGAUGAGUUUCUGUGUUCUGAAGGUGGUGGAACUGAUUCCAGCUCGCUUCGAAACAAGCUGAUGACCGUGGCUCCAGUGAUAGAGUGGGGCUCUUUUUUGGACACUUGGGGUUCAAACAGGGAUGUUUUAGCCAACCACAGGGGCUUGGAGCUUGAAAGUCACUGGGGUAGGGUGGACCAUGAUGCAGUUAUUCCAGCAAAGAAAAUUGCUGAAUUAAACCUUCAUGCAACUCUUUACAAAGAAGAAAGAGUCGAAAUCCAGCCAUGUCGGGCUCCAUUAGGGAAGGGUGGGCUCUGUCAGAGAAGAGAUUUGAGAGUUUGCCCCUUUCAUGGACCCAUCAUUCCCCGUGAUGAUGAAGGAAAUCCUAUCAAUCAGGGCACUUCAACAAGUGAUUUAACUCUUGAUCUAGGGACUGAUUUAGUAGAGCAAUUAGCUGAACAAGCUGUGAAGAAUGUUCGGGACAGAGAUAACGAGGAAGCAAGGAAAAGAAAAAUGGACAAACAGUCACAGAAACGUGCUAAGCUUGCAAAGAUACGGGAACACAAUGAAGCUGUUCUGAGGGAUGCUGCAGUGGCUUCAACUUCAAGGUCUUCAGUUUAUGGGGACAAUGUUGAGGCAUCCAGCAGGGACAGGUUGUUGGCUAGAAACAAAAAAGAUACCCUCGCAUCCAUGUUGCGCAAGAAAGUAACCACAAAAGAUAGGCUGUCUCAGAGACUUUUGAAUACAAGGGCAAGUGAUGCAAUGACAAGGCAGCUAACGCUGGGUGAAGAUGCCAAUUAUAGAGAAGCCUUUCCAAAUCAAUGGUAGAAUACGGAUAUUGCCUUUGGGAUUUGGGCUUUCUUAAAGACGAAGCAUCUGAAGAUACUUAUGCUGGUAAUGGAUGGAUAGUCUCAUUCAUACUGGCAGACAAACAGUUUCAGUUUUCUGUUGAAGCAGAAGAAUUCUGCUCUGCACGUUCCGUGAUGUUGCGCAUCUACUCGAUGCUGGUAGGCCUUCCAGAACAGAGAAAGAUGAGUACUUCUGUAAGAAAUCUUGUAAUUGCAUGCUUUAAUUGGAAAGUUCUGUGAUUGUAUAUAUUUUCAACAUUGUUGUGAGAUAUUUUAAUCACAGGACAAAAAUAAAGAAUCGGAGCAUUGGAGAUUAUUCA